GGCGGCGGCGGCACUCGGCGCGCCGCGAGGUCCCUGCCCCCGCGCCUCCGCCAGCCUCCGCCGCACACACUGCGCGCGCGCAUCCACGAUCGCCGGAUCACCUGCUCAUCACAUAAAAACUUAACUAACAAUCAAAACAUCGACUCCGACCAAAAAUAAGCACAGACUCUUAAUAAGCCAGGCGCAAGGAAACUCAAACUUCCAAGUUUAAUGUGGACCAUUACCGUACGCAGCGGCGUGUGAGCGAACUUUUAUCACAGCAGCCUCCGACGAAAACUUCUGCCAAGGAAAUGUGAUUUUUGUGAAAUGUUACGGAUUAUGGAGAUUUCAUGUUUAUACAUCGGUAAAGUGAUUUUAUUCGUGUGAAAAGUGAUAAUUUUGUGGAUUUAGCCGAGGUUUUCUGAUUGGACCCGCGAGUGGCGACAGACAGGUCGAUCAGCAAGCGUAAUCCUAUUAUCUGGAAAAUAUAAAGCAUGUGGCGGCUGCUCCUCCUGACGGUGGCGGUGGCGACGGCGGCGGCGCAGCAGUGGGUGCCGUGCGCCGAGCUCAAUGAUGAGCUGCGCUACCCGUGCCGGUGUCGUGUGCAGGUGGACCGCGCGCUGCAGCUCCGCAUCCAGAUGGACUGCGACCGCGUGGUGUUCCCCGGGGACUUCCCGCCGCUGCCGUACGGAGCCCCCAUCGUCGCCUUCAGCCAGCGCCACGCCGGCCACCAGACGCUGCCCACACAGAUAUUCUCCUCGUACGGUCUGCCGCUGAAAGAGCUCGACUUUUCUCACAACAGCUUGCGGAGAUUGCCAGACAGACUAUUGUCAGGAGUGCGAGGCAACCUGACGCGCCUGGCGUUGGCUGACAACCUGCUCGGAGACAACCUCAACCCGAUCUUCUCCACCACGGAGCUGCACAACCUGCCUGCGCUGCAGCAGCUCGACCUCAGCGGGAACAGCAUCAGGGGCAUCGAGGAGGGGCUGCUGAUUGGAUGCGAUGUGCUGGAGGUACUUCGUCUGGAUCGUAACAACAUGAACGCAGUCCCAUCAACCUCACUCAAUGGUCCGAGAGCUCUCAAAGUAAUUUCCUUGAGAGAGAACCGAAUAGCCACUCUGCCGCAAGCAUCGUUCACGUCUCAAAAGACGCUCGAGGAGAUAGACCUGCACGGCAACAUGAUCUCGGCCGUGGAGGGCGGCGCUUUCAUCGGCCUCUCCAGCCUGCAGUCCCUGGACCUGGGCAGAAAUAGACUGUCCAAGUUCAACAGCGACGUGUUCCAGGGCACGGAAAACUUGGAAAAGCUGGACUUGUCCGAGAACUUCAUCGCGGAUUUCCCCACCGUCGCGUUCAAAUCCUUCGCCGCGCUGAGGCACCUCAACUUGUCGAGCAACAUGAUCACGAACAUUGACAAUAGUCACUUGAGUUCGCUCGUCUCGUUACAAGUUUUAGAUUUGAGUCGGAAUAACUUGGUGAAGCUAAUGCCGGGAACUUUCGUCGGACUCACCGAACUGCGAUACUUGGAUGUCGGAGUCAACUCGCUGCGCACCGUCGAGGAUGACGCGUUCGACGGGCUGACAAGUCUUGAAACCCUGCUGCUUCGCGACAACAAUAUUCUGCUCAUCCCGGCCACCGCUUUGUCUCGGCUGCCGAACUUGGUCUCCGUUCACCUCGGCUUCAACAGAGUCACCGCUCUAUCCAGUGAUUUAUUGAAAUCGGUGUCGGAUAGGAUAACUUCUCUAGUGUUAUCGCGCAACGUGAUUAGGGAACUACCUCCAUCUGCGUUUAAUCAUUUCAAAACUUUAAGCCACUUGGACUUGUCGGGCAAUCUGCUGAACUCUAUAUCAGCGGACGUCUUCACUGGAUUAGAGUCGUCACUGGAGUUUUUAACAUUAAGUCAAAAUAGAAUCUUAGGAUUUACUGGCCAAAUAUUGCAGUUUGUAAACUUAUGGUUUUUAGAUAUCUCAGAUAAUCAACUGUCUGAAAUACCGAUUAAUGCAUUUGAAUCGAUUCCAAGUUUGUCACAUCUGAAUAUGAGCCACAACCCCCACAUUACGAUGCUCCCUCAGACUAUAUUUAAAAGCAACCCAGCAUUGUUAGUUAUUGAUUUGAGUUACACCGGAAUGAAGGCCAUACCUGUUAAUUUAUUCUCCAAAAACCCUAACUUGGAGCAAAUUUACUUCACGAAUAAUGCUAUUCAGGAAAUUUCUGAGGGCACUUUCAAGAAUUUGAAGAACUUGACCCAUUUAGAUUUGUCCUACAAUAACAUUGUGAACAUUAGGACACCGGCGUUUGUGAAUGUCAUGUCUAUCCAAUAUCUGUCGCUCAAAGGCAAUCAAUUAAACGCCUUCAAGGGUGAGUUCUUCAACACUGGAACAAGUUUGGAAGUAAUUGACUUGUCAGACAAUCAACUUAGUUAUUUAUUUCCUUCGUCUUUCAAAAUUCAUCCGCGACUACGCGAAAUCAUUUUAACUGACAACAAGUUUAACUUCUUCCCAUCAGAACUUAUUAGUACUUUACAAUUCCUAGAACUCGUUGACCUCUCUGGAAAUGCUUUGAAAAACGUCGAUGAACUUGAUUUUGCGCGACUUCCAAAACUAAGGACAGUAUUGUUAGCGCGAAACGAACUUGAAACCAUUAGCGAGAUGGCGUUCCACAACUCCACACAAAUUCAGUAUUUGGAUCUAUCUGAUAACAGAAUAGAUCGAUUAGGAGACAGACUUUUUGAAGGACUUAUUAGGUUGGAGCUGUUAAAUUUAGACGGCAAUUUGCUCACCGAAUUACCGGACAAUAUAUUUGACCGGUCAAGGCUGCAUAUGCUAGAGAAAAUAAUACUCAGCAAUAACCAAUUUGAAGUAGCUCCACUGAAAGCGCUCCAGAAGCAAUACUUUUUCGUAUCUGCCGUUGAUCUAUCUCACAAUCAAAUAAUUGAUAUUCCUGCAGAAGAUAGCGUUAUGGUAAAUAUAAAAAAGCUUGACUUAUCCUUCAACCCCCUAUCAGAGAAGACUAUCACCAAUGUGUUGACUGAACCAAAGACCGUCAGAGACCUUAACCUUGCUGGGACUGGCAUCACUUUUGUUGGGCAGCUUGAAACACCGUUCUUGUAUCGGUUGAAUUUAUCAUUCAAUAACAUAACCAGAUUAACACCGAAAACUUUUACAAGAACCACAUUGCUGGAAAGUCUAGAUCUGUCACACAACCAAAUCGUGGAUGUGUCUGGAUCUUUAGCCAUAUCUUGGCCAAAACUGAAGAAUUUACAGAGCUUGAAUAUAUCCAGCAACCCGAUUGCAAUUCUUGUUGAAGGUAACUUUGAAGGUUUAUCUUCAUUACGAGUUCUGGAUAUGAGAUACUUAGAAGAGUGCUCAAGAAUUGAAAAAAAUGCGUUCCGAGUGCUGCCAAAUUUGAUAUCACUACGCGCUUACGGGUUUCCUAGAUUAGGAUAUUUUGAUGUUCAGGGAACACUCCAGCAUUUAUUAGCAUUGGAGAAACUUGACGUAGAAGUAAAAGACGCCAACAUAGGCUCUGAUCAACUACGUUCUAUUCUGCAUCCGCGACUUGAAGAACUAGGCAUCCGUGGUUCUCGACUAAAAACUAUUUCUGCCGGUGUUCUGGCUGGAUUGAAAUCUCCUGCUAUAACGGUACGUUUCCGGAAUACGUCUAUAACGAAUUUACCUCCAGCUCUUCUGUUUCCGUUACCGAGAUCAUCGCAGAUAACAAUAGAUGUGGCUGGAAGUCAGCUGAGCACCCUCCAGCCGCAGCUGCUGGUGGCGCUGGACGACCGGCGCGCGGACCUGUCCAUGUUCGGGCUGGACACCAACCCCAUCCGCUGCGACUGCAACGCGCGCGCGCUGCGGCGCUGGCUGCCCGGCGCCGGCGUCGGGGACGUGCGCUGUGACUCGCCCGAUUAUCUGGCCGGAUUCCUAUUGGUGGAGAUAGGGGAUGAUGAGCUCACUUGUGAAACCCGUAGGAGAACUACAAUCACUGCUUCAUCAUCCAGCAGCGCGGCGACGUCUCCUCCCCCUCGGCUGGUGCACCGCACAUCCGCGGAGCCCGACAUCAUCUGGUCGGUGGCGCCGUCGCACGAGCGGCCCAAGGUCACGGGGGAGCCGAAGGGCGCACCUGUUGUCGGGAUCGCGUCGUCGACGAACGAUGACAAUCUCGUUAUAGGGAUCGUGGGGGGUGUUGUUGUUUUCAUCGCCAUUCUGAUCAUUGCGAUAUGCAUCGUCAGAUUGAAGAUGUCUACGACGUCGUACCGCGGGGGCCCGCUGGCGCACAGCCCGGCGGCGGGGGCCACCCCGCUGUGGGGGCCCGCAUGGCCCGGGUACGCGGCCACUUUGCCCCCGGCCUCGUUAUCUACGGCCACUUUGCCGCAUAAAGUUCAGUCCGGGCCCGGAUCAGUACGAUAUUUAGCACCGCCGCCCCACGCCCCAUAUUUUAUUAGCAUGCCUCCGCAUGAUGAUAAGAUUUAUCGGUAGAAUUAGUUGCUGUAUUCAAAUAUUAUUUUUAUAACUUCCUUCAGAUACUUAUGUACGUAUAGCAAAACAAUUUACCGGCAUUAAAUAGCAGUUUAAAUAAAAACAUGGUAUGAAUAUCGUUGUAGAUAUCCACUAGGUAUUUUAAAUGCCAUAAUGUAAUUUAUUUUAGCUUACAUUCCGACAUGACAUCUUGGGUUGGGUCAGAUUUGCCUUCUAGUCACCAGUGAGUUGACAGAUUUCUAUGGUAAAGAGCAGGAUAUAAUAUUUUAUAUGUAUAAAUUAACUGUUUCCGUCCACUGGUCGGCGUUGAAAGAGAGAAUUUAAAGGGUGCUUUGUCCAUUUUCUGUACAAUAUUUAUUUAGAUGUAAGUCUUUGCCGUAGUCUUAAUAAGUUAAGGUUUAUGUUUACGUUGAUUACGUUCUUCAUUCAGUAAAUUAAAGUAUUAUUAAAGAUUAA